CGGGACCUCGCUGGUGCUCCGAUAUGAUGUCGCGCCAGACGAAAUUCCAGCCGUCUGAGGGUUGAUUAUCGUCGGUUAAUAUAAACAUUCGAUAAGGUGCAAGGGAAGCAGUGAAGGGGGCAGUCUGUUCUUUCUUCUUGAGGAAUAAAGACGUAUUUUGAUUUUGCUCUCGCGUUUACUUUUCCCUGUGUAAUUUUUGGGACUUGAUAUCAUUUGAUAUUAGUUCAGAAGUGGGAUUGUGCCACGUGCAGUGUAGUGAUAACUGCAAGAGUACAGUGCGAUACCUUUGUAAAAACAACAGGAGGAUGGGCCGGAAUAGAAAACGACGUGAGCCUUCGACCUCCUCAAGUGACGAAGAACGACAUCAACGUGAAGGAUGUUCUUCUAAACGUCCCCGGGAAAAGUAUCCCAGUGAGAGAACUCGUCGGAGCUCGGAGACGCGACGUGCGAAAGGAGGAUCCGGUGAGCGUAUCGAACGUCUGGAACGACUGGUGGAAAAAUUGGUCCGGGAAAGAUCUACGGAAACAGGGACAAGCACGGGUCUGGGUAACCAGAUCAAGUACAUUACGAGAACUGACUGUAUCCCGGAAUUUGUUCCGGGCAACCCGAAUAUGUCGAUUACCCGCUGGCUGUUCAAGAUCGACCAGUUAGGGGAGGUCCACGGUUGGGAUGACGUAGAAAAGGCGUACCACAUGCAGAAUGGACUCCGUGGCUUAGCCAAAAGUUGGUACAAUAGCCUCAGCCAUAUUAAUUAUCCGUGGGCUGAGUGGAAAAAUCUUUUAAUGAAAGCUUUUCCCGAGCACACUGAUUAUGCGUCCUCGUUGCAUAAGAUGCUGAAACGGAUAAAGGACCCCAACGAAACCAUGGCAACGUACUAUUACAAUAAAAUGGAGUUGUUGCAAGUUUGCCGUAUUUCGGGAAAGGACGCUGUUUCUUGCGUCAUAGACGGUUUGGCGAACGUAAGUUUGCAAAAUGGGGCACGAGCGGGCAGAUAUGAUUCACCAGAAGCCUUAUAUGAAGAAUAUCUGUCUCGAGUGCAAGACGAAACAGACGAAAGUAAACGAGAGAAACACAAAAUGCAUUGGCUGAGAAAGGAGAGUCGUGUAGACCGGAAUAGGUACUUCCGAGGGGAACGUCCCCAAACGAGCGGCUCUGAUCUUAACUCUAGGAAGGGGUUAAAAUGUUAUAAUUGUCAUGGCGUAGGUCAUAUGGCGGCAAUGUGUCCGAAACCCAAGAUAGUGUGCAAACGUUGCACUCGUUUAGGGCAUACGGCCGAAAAUUGUACAAAGAGUAUUAAAGGGAAAGAGGUGUUGACCACGCAAAGUGACAAAUGUGGCCAACGUGUGUAUUUUGUGGACUGCGAAAUGAAUGGUUGUCCGACACGGGGUUAUGUCGAUUCCGGGAGUUCGGCGAUAACAGUACAAGCUCGCACAGCUGACGAGGCUAAGAUUGUGUAUAAACCGUCCCGGGCGAUGAUAAGAGGGUUCGCCGGCGGAGUGUCACCGGUAAUCGGAGAAGCCAGUGCUACACUUCAAGUAGGGGAUGUGAAGGUCGACGUCCCUGUCUUCAUUAUUGCCGAUGACCUACAAACAAUACCGGUCAUAAUUGGACAGCCAUUUGUGAAUCAUCCAGAUGUCCUGUUGGUGAUUAAUGGCGACAAAUUGUGGGUGUCGAAGAAAUACGAUCUACCGGCUCUUGAAGGGGUCGAACCGACGAAAGUCGCCGUAUGGGCGAAGGAGGCUACUGUGAUCCCGCCGCAACAUGUUGGACAUGUCGAGGUGGAAACAUCAUACACCGGUACCAUCUACGUGGACCUGACGUCGAGGCAGUACGAGCGACAUAACCACGUCAUCCCCAGGUGUGUUUUUGGCGGCCUCCAGGGUGUCCUGCCUGUCAUGAAUUUCAGCACGGAGGAACUGCAUUACCGGAAGGGACAAACAAUCGUUCGUGGACAAAAAUGCUACGAGGAACCGGUAAAAGACAGCGAUCCUGUAUGUGUGUCUCAUGAUGCUUAGGAUACUGCUACCCCCCAAUCACAGUUUCCUCGAGGACGAAACAACGUCAGAACGGCCGAGCUGUUAGCAACGGGACCUCGCUGGUGCUCCGAUAUGAUGUCGCGCCAGACGAAAUUCCAGCCGUCUGAGGGUUGAUUAUCGUCGGUUAAUAUAAACAUUCGAUAAGGUGCAAGGGAAGCAGUGAAGGGGGCAGUCUGUUCUUUCUUCUUGAGGAAUAAAGACGUAUUUUGAUUUUG